ACCACCGAGCGCUCGGAGCGGGCGGCUACCGAGGAUUGGGUGUGAGCAUGGCCUCCCGGGACCUGCCACCCGUCAGCGGCUUCGCCCCGGCCGAGGUGCCCUCGGGGAUCGGGCUGCUGAUCACCAUCCCUUUCGCCUUCUUGCUGCCUGAGGUGGUUUUCGGCUUCUUUGUCUGGGUCCUGGUAGCGGCCACCCAUGUGGCAAGCCCCCUGCUCCAAGGAUGGGUGAUGUAUGUCUCACUCACUUCGUUUCUCAUCUCUCUGCUGCUCCUGCUGUCGUACUUCUUUGGACUUUACAAAAAAAUUGAGUCCUGGAAAGUCCUGGACAGUCUGUACCACGGGACCACCGGCAUCCUGUACAUGAGUGCAGCCGUCUUACAAGUACACGCCACCAUCCUCUCUGAGAGCAACAACGUGCGGAUCUACUACAUCAACACGGCUGCCUCAUUCUUCGCCUUCAUCACCACACUGCUCUACAUCCUCCAUGCCUUCAGCAUCUAUUACCGGUGAGGCAGCCUGCAGGCACACCCAGGGAGAAAGCCCACUGGAAGCCUGGAUUGCCAGCCCCAACGCAUGUCUCCUCGUUGGCCGUCUGCAUGGUGAACAGAAAACUGCUGAGCCAUCCAGGGCACCAGCAGACUGUCUUUCCAGGCUGAGUGAUGAACCACACUUGGCAGCUUUAUUCAAACACUCAAAGUUCCAAUGAUGUCCCCGAGAAAGUUGGUAGCUUCUUUUUCCCAGGAAAGUUCAUUGUGUCUUAGAAUUACCUGGCCCUAACUGUUCCAGAAAACUGCCAUGCAGAGCCCUCACUGCCGGCGUCCCAGCUCCUGUCGGAGGACUUGGCCUCAGCAAUGACUUCCCCAUGGUAGGUGAGGGGAGCAUCCCAUCCCAUCUCCUUAAACACUAAGAAGCCCAGUCGAGGCUCUUGGAGUUCCUGCAGGUGCAAAGCUCUAUCUCCUGGUGCUUCCACUGAAGGACAGUGAGCCACGUGGGCUCCACCUGGGGCAGCUACUGAGGACGGGCACACCGGCCAUUUCUCCUCUUCCCAUCACUUUGUCUCGCCCAUAGCAAGUGUGUGAGUGGGAAAUCAGUGAUUGAUGCUACAAAUUAGGUAGGUCUGGGGACAGGAGCUGGGAUGUGGACAUAAAGGGCAUAGCCCACUUCUUCGGAACUUGGAUCUCUUGGAAAACCAUGGGACUGCCUCCAGGAGCCCACUCCCAAAGACUGGAAGCCAGCUCACCCCCC